GCGUGGCCAAGGUUGAUCGCGGAAGCAGGAAGAGCGCGCGGAGCGUCGCAUGAGCAGCAGCAGCAGCAUCUGUGGCAGUAACAGCGGCAGCAGCAAGGCCAGCAGUAGUUGCAGCAGCAGCAGCAUCAGCAGCAGCAGAGAGGCGGGCGAGAGAGAGGGAAGGAAGGAGGGUGGAGAGUCGGGAGCUGUCGACGCACGCGGAACCGCGGGAGGCGCCCGGCGAGCUCUGCUUGGCAUCAUGAUGCCUGGUAGUGCCACACUCGCCGCACGGCCCCCCCACCCCCGCGGUGUCUAGUGGGCGGAGGAGGAGGGCCGCUGGAACCGGCCGCUGGAACCGGCGGCCGCCACCAUGGUGCUGCACCGCUCGCCGUUCCCCAACGCGUGCUGCCGCGGCCUGCACGCGGCCGCCUGGGCCCUCGUGUUCCCCGCCUACUGGCUCGCCGACCGGCUCAUCGCCAUCUGCGUCUCCACCAGCAAGGAGCGCGAGGAGCGCGCCCAGGACGCCUGCUACCUGCGCCCGCUCUACCUGUGCGUGCUGGUGCCCGCGGUCUUCCUCGCGUUCCUGCUCUCGCUGCCCUUCGCGCUGCUCGGCUUCCUCGUGUGGUUGCCCCUGCAGUCGGCGCGGCGGCCGUACGCGUAUUCCUCCUUCCACGGCGGCAAGGAUCGGCAGGCCAGCAGGCAGCGGCCGCCGCUGACCGACCUGCUGCGGCAGGGCGGACGCAGCUUCUCGUUCGCGUCGGCCAACGUGUGCCUGCUGCCCGACUCGCUUGCGCGCUUCAGCAACCUGUCGCACACCCAGCGGCGGUCCCGCGAGAUGGGGCUUCGCAUCCGCAACGGGGUGGGCCGCCCGCCCAUCCGCAUCCUGGUGGACUCGCCCACCGACACGUCGGAGAGCAACACGAGCCUUCUGGACUCGGAGCAGCACGGUGGCGGCGGCUCCAUGUACGGGGCGCUGAGACGCACGACGUCCCUGCAGUCGCACACGUCGGCGCAGCAGGGCGGGCAGAAGCGCGGCGGAGCGCAGCAGGGCAGCCGGGAAGACAUCCAGUACAUCGACAGGGAGACGCCCGAAGACGACAGGACUGGUGGCGGCGGUGGGGAGAAGGGCAAGGAGGAUUCCUGCAGCGUCAAAAUCGAGUUUGGGGACGGGGACGCGAUGACCAACGGGACGGAGGCGGCGCCGCCGGAGGACGGGCGCAGGGACGCGCAGGCGAACAACGACCGCUCCGCCGCCUGCGCCAACCUCCUGUCGGAGAGGAUGGCGAAGGCCUCGCGCAAGCGGGCGAGCAAGACCGGCGAGGAGAUCUACAGCGAGGUGGCGCCGUUCUUCCCCGCGGACCUCGACUUCCUGUGCCUGCAGGAGGUGUUCGACAAGCGGGCGGCGGCGAACCUGUGCGAGCAGCUGCACCCCUGCUUCCCCUACAUCCUGUCGGACGUGGGCGUCUACGCCUUCCACGGCUGCCAGUUCAAGUUUUUCAACAGCGGCCUCUUCCUCGCCAGCCGCUUCCCCAUCCUGGACGCCGCCUACCACUGCUACCCCAACGGACGGAAGGAGGACAUCCUCGCCGCCAAGGGCGUCCUCUUCGCCAAGGUGCACGUGGGAAGCACUGCGCAGGACCAGAGGAUUGUGGGAUACAUCGCCUCUACGCAUCUGCAAGCCCUGGAAGAGGACGCUGACAUCCGCUGCGAGCAGCUGGACCGGCUGCUGGAGUGGAAGGAGGAGUUCGUGGAGGCGACGUCGGACCCGGCGCGCCCGCAGGACCUGGUCGUCUUCGACGUCCUGUGCGGGGACUUCAACUUCGACAACUCCUCCGAAGAUGACCGCAAGGAACAGCAGCACCGCCUCUUCUCGCACUACACGGACCCGUGCCGCCUGGCGCCCGGGCGGGACAAGCCGUGGACGGUCGGAACGCUGCUGCACUGGCUAAAGCUUCACAAGGAGAAGGUGUCGCACCCCGAGAGCCUGCAGAAGGUGCUGGAGAACGAGGAGAGCCGGCGGGAGUACAUCGUUCUGCUGCCGUUCAACUCGAAAGAUCCUCCGGAGUUGGUGCCGGCCAACGGGCGCCGCAUCGACUACCUGCUCCACUGCCAGGAGCACACCACCCCGCUCAGCACGCUGGAGGUGGAGGAAUUCACCUUCAUCACGCAGCUCGCCGGCCUCUCCGACCACAUCCCCAUCUCGAUGAAGAUCCGCAUCUCCGCCCGCCAGGAGCCCUAGAGCAUCCUGCGUCGGAUCCUGCGUCGCCGUGCGGCAUGCGAGGGCGACUCUCGGCGUGCGGCACAAACCGAGGAGGAAUCCCGCGCCGCGGUGCAGCCCUUGAGCUGACCUAGGCCGAGGCCUGUGGCCUCAGUCUGACCGACCGACCUGCGUACGUUUCGCUAUCGACAGCUGCACCUCCCCGUCGUCACGGGAAACGCUCUCGCAGAUGAACUUUGGCUGGCCUAUCCGAGUACGCCGCCGUGAUCGAUUUGUCGGCAGAUCGCGUGUGAUGGAAAUAGCUAGGAACAAAAAAAGGUCUCACCUCUGUGCCCCACGUGUGCCACUGGACGGGAGGUGAUGGGUGAGGCAUCUUCGGCGGUGGGGUUCGCGCUGCUUGGUGGCUCGUGGGGGAUUUUGAGGCGGGAUCGGCGGCGGCCGCCAUAUUUAAAGGGGCUUGAGUAAACGAUCAAAUGAAUCGGUUUUUAUUUUACGUGCUAAUAUUGCCCUCGAUAAAGUGGGCAUUGGUGCAUGUUACAGCAGAAUGGGGAACGGUACAGGGGGAAUGGAACAGCACGAAUGUAAAAAAAGACCUGUCACGAUAGAAGUGUCUCUCAUAACCUCGAGUCGAUGAAUCGGCUUUAAUCUACAGCUAAAAAAUCAAUCCCGGUGGCGGUAGCGCUCUCGGCUGUUGUAAACUGUGGGGGGAGUACUGCGGUUCUCGUAUUACUCGGUCCCACUGGACGAAAAAAAAACGAAUCGCGAAAUCGUUCAGAUGCUGCUCCAAUCCAAUUAGCGUCGCGCUCAUCGCCGGGAGAGUUUUCGAUGUGGCCAGUAAAUGAAAAUUCUGGGCGCCAAAGGAGGCUGCGGGCGACGUCGCAUCGUUUUCUACCCCGAGCGGCAUAGGGAGCGCCGUCCCCUCCUCGUGGAGCCGUUUCCUGGAUGGUGGCGACGUUGGCUGCCCGCUUUCGCACGCGAGUGUCGCUUUCUUACGGACUGACACCCGAGUCGAUGCGGUUUGAUACGGACACGGAAAUUUUAGCUUUUUGUUGUUUUUGGCUGCAACUAACCGCUGGCAGUCCAUCGUCGUGGACGCUUUGCUCAGAAGAUUGAACGCCUUUGUUUAUUUCGUAGUCGUAGCUUAGGAUGAGACGGACAAAGCCAAUAUAUUUUGACGGCAAUGAGGCGCGCACACACGUACGCGCACGCGUGCGGUCGCACAUUUCUCAAACCUCAAGGUUGGCGUCGAGAGUGGGAACCGCGGCGCGCGACUCCAAGGCUCGCGGCCCCCGGCGACAGCUGUUCGAGCCGCGAGGACUUCCACCGGGUCAGCUCGUGUUUGGGGUCACUCCGAGGCAACGCGCCAUAACCCGUGUCCGGGAUUACGGCGGAUUAAGCUCUCUCCCCCGAGUCUGGUUUUAUGUUUUUUUUGGUGAGCCAUCCAGUGCCGAUGAUGGUGCUGGCGGUGGGCGGUUUGGCGGAAAGGGACGAGGGGCCACCGUGGUUACGGCGUCUCUUAAAAGCCGCUCCUUUCUUGCAGAAUUUGAUAUCGUCGUCGGAUAUUUUAGUUUAUGCGUACACACUUAUACGUAUCUUCCCGCCAGCCCCAAUAACCUUAAUGCAAUCUCGCGCGAGUGCAAUUUACAUUCCACUUUCGCGGGGGUGGGGGGCUGCUGCGGCAGCGUUUAGGUGCACGGAUGGCGAGUGGCAGUACGCUCGGGGCGCCGCGGUGACGUUGAGAAGCGGUGGUCUUGCAAAAUCGCCUAAAAGGGACGCGGUGUGAGUUCCUGCGCGUGCAUGGGAGUUACUGAAUGAUGCCUGAGAGGGUGGAUGCGAUCGCAUGGCUGUCGAGGCAUCCCUGCUUCCCUAUGCUUCUACAGGGCCAUGUGUCGACAUAGAAACAGGCCAGCAGCCGCGCGGUCAGCUUUAACAGUUUACAGUCGUAAGGAAGCCUCGUGAGCCGUGAUGGUGGGCCAGUCUGUGCCCGCGAUGUAGGAGGAGGGGUGACUGUGGCCCGCGGUAGCUCCCGUGUGGGUUGGUGCUGCUUGCGCUGCUGCUUGGUGUGAACCAGCCAGUAGAGCCACCUGGUGGCCCUGCAUGGUGUGGAACCGCCUUGAAUGCCGUUCUUGCACUUAUAUUAAGAAGUGGAUUUUUGCCUGCCGCGAUUUUAAGGAGUUAACAUUUUUAAGUUUUAUCUUUGAAUGUGUUGUGAUUUUUGUUUUGUUUUAAGUUGCCGUGAAAUCCUCGGGAGAGUUGUUUUUUUGGCCUCGAGAAUCCGAGGAUCGUUAUUUUAUGGUGGCAUGGACGGAGACCCCUCUUGUUGUUUAAAUUAAUUUUAUUAAAUUUGACGGACCGAGCUAACCGGCCGCUCUCGCUCAUAUCCCUUUCCCACCGGUACAUCCGAGCUGUGCCGAGCCAACCCAGCACGGCUCAGAAAGCCCUGGGUUUGGUUUUUUUCCACUGCAGAUGCAGAGCAGAGCCGUGCCGCUGACGUCGCACAUGACGAGCGAGUCGAGAGAUCCACACAAAUGCCGUGGCGACGCCGUUUCCUCACAGUGUACCGACUGACAUCACAUACAACAAACGUGUUGUUAGCUCUGCCCAUGGCCUUGCCGUGCCCCCCCCCCCCCCCCAAGUUAGAUUCGGAGGUUUUUGCGAUGCUGGCCUAUCGCAGAUUUGGUUCGUCUUGGCUCUGCAAAUAGCCAGUGGAACACCACGUGUACCGGGAAGGCCCCGUGAUGGCGUGGCUCGUGUGUGCUUGUGGUGAAGGUGUACAAGGUCGAGGAUCUAGAGAUCCAACGUCCAAACCAAAGCAGCGAAACGCCUCAACGCCCUCCGCAUGUGGCCAAGCGUAACGAGCCGAAGCAAGUGAUGCCGCGUGGGUCUGUUUCACCGGCAGGGGGGAGGGGUGGGGGUGGUUCAUGUUGCAUGCUGGCGAGUGGCGGCUGCUGGCCGUUGUGAACCUCUCGUUGCCAAAAAAAUAAAACGCGUCCCGUUUUUGGAGGAGCUGCUGACCGAGGUGCCAUUGUGGACUGGGCUGGGCCGUUUGCAGCGAGGCCCACGGGCGCUCGGGGCGGCUCUGGGCAGCUUUGAGCUCGCUUUGUGUUAUGGGGACUUUUGGGCGGAACCGGUGACUGAACUCGCUAUUACGGUCGAGGUGUAAGAAGCUACGAGCAAAAACUUUUGGGAUGAAAGUGUAAAAUAAAGGGCAUGGUAUUUGGGCAAAACAUAUAUUCUUUUUGUUAAGUUUACAUUCUGUAAUGUUUUAUGGUUUGCAAAAAUAAAUGGUUUCAUCCUAAAUGAGCAUGUGGCUUAGUCGCGAAUAUGAUAAUGCCAACUGUUUACCCAGGACAUCUCACCGAGCCUCAGGACUUAUUAUCAAAGGGCCCUGGAACAUUGUGAUAUUUUGUAAAUUCCAUCAACUAGAGCUUGGCUUCAUUUUGGAGGAAGAUUUGUGAAGACACCUGUAAACGCGCAUUAAUUGGAAAAUAACUCCUUCAUAUACAGAGGACUGAAAGCUCAGGAUAUUGUUUGAACUUGUCCAUCACGUCACUCCCUUGCUGGUCUGUGGUUCCUCGUGCCUCCGAGUUAUUCCAUGUCUACUUUAGUGAGUGAAUACUGUGGAGCGUAUUAUAAAGUUGAAAUUAUUAUUGUGUUGUUUACAAAGGAGUUCAGUCACACCCCCAGUGAUUCUCUGAGCAGGGAAGGACAAGAACCUUGAAAACAUCGGAACUUUGUCCUCCUUCUGGGAAAACC